GGAAAUGCCAGACCCACGGAGAUUUCACCUGCGGAGAACAGAGCAGACCUGACUGACUCACCUGCUGAGAGGACGGGAAGAAGAAGGGAAUAAUUUGCUCAAGUCAGUCUUUCAAUCAGUCAGUUAGUAAAGUAGGAAACUCAGUGAGUCGAUUGUACAUCAGUGAUUCAGAGAUUCAGUGAAUCAGAUCCUGUAUGUGCUGUAGGUCAGAUAUUUGGCAGGUCAUUUGAAUCAGGUGAUUCAAACAGAAAUUGAACGAACCAGGUGACCAGGUGAUUCAGAUAGAGACAAGGUGAGCAGUUGACCCAGUCGAAGCAGGCACCAGUUGACCCAGUCGAAGCAGGCACCAGUUGACCCAGUCGAAGCAGGCACCAGUUGAUCCAGUCGAAGCAGGCACCAGUUGAACCAGUCGAAGCAGGCACCAGUUGAACCAGUCGAAGCAGGCACCAGUUGACCCAGUCGAAGCAGGCACCAGUUGAACCAGUCGAAGCAGGCACCAGUUGACCCAGUCGAAGCAGGCACCAGUUGACCCAGUCGAAGCAGGCACCAGUUGAACCAGUCGAAGCAGGCACCAGUUGACCCAGUCGAAGCAGGCACCAGUUGACCCAGUCGAAGCAGGCACCAGUUGACCCAGUCGAAGCAGGCACCAGUUGACCCAGUCGAAGCAGGCACCAGUUGACCCAGUCGAAGCAGGCACCAGUUGAACCAGUCGAAGCAGGCACCAGUUGACCCAGUCGAAGCAGGCACCAGUUGACCCAGUCGAAGCAGGCACCAGUUGAUCCAGUAUAAAUAUGCCCAGUUUGUCCAGUGUGGUCCAGUUCUCUCUGUUGCUGGUUCUCCUUCUGGCUGUUAUGGGUCAGGACUGUGCUACUUCCACGGUCCAGAGGGAGGCCCAGGCCAGGGUGUGUGUGAAGGACAGGGUCUCUCAAUGUGUGGACCUGGCCAAACUGCAGGAGCUGACCCAGGAAGUCCAGAAAGAAUUCACAAACACGUCUCAUGAUGACAGAAUCCUGUUAAAGACAGUCACCUUUGACAAGAUCAAGAAGCACAAGAAGUACCACGGCUGUGUCCUGCUCAAAAUCCUGGACUUUUAUCGGGAAGUUCUCCAGAGACAAGACAGAAAUUAUCCUGACCUCGUGGGCCUGCUGGAUGAAGUGGAGGAAUGCGUUCACCCAGUAAAGAUCUGUGAAAAGCUAAACCAGGAAGCUGCUGGGAAGCCAGUGAAUGAGUCUAAGAUAGAGGAAGAUGUGGAGCUGCUGUCGAAGGAUGCAGCCAUACUGCAGCUGCAGAGACUGAAGGCAGCCAGUAAAAAGGUGGUUGAGCUGUCCGAGAGGGCGACUCUGGACAAGGCCAUGGUAGAGCUAUGGGGUCUGGAGGACUACAUUUGGGGGAGGGGCCUCCGCAGGAACUGAGGAAGUAAUCGGACCGCCAGGAACAACACACACACACACAGAGACACACGCGUUACCGUGACUACAUAUACACAGUCCUGCGUUACAGUGACUACAUAUACACAGCCCUGCGUUACAGUGACUACAUAUACACAGCCCUGCGUUACAGUGACUACAUAUACACAGCCCUGCAUUACCGUGACUACAUUUACACAGCCCUGCGAUACCGUGACUACAUUUACCGUCUUGAUGUCACAUUUACUGGUUUUACCCUCGUGAGCUGUCGUUGCUUGUAGCCAUAUUCCCUUAGACAUGUUCUGACACGUCCCCUGUUGUUUGUCCAUUUCUUCAUCUACUUUGGAUAACUGUCAACAAUUUGAUUGACUUGGAAUUUUGAACUUGUCCAAUAUUCAGUUGGGGAGAAUAUUUGCGUCUACUGUUGCUGCUAGUACUGCAUGUUCUGUUACUACUUGUACUAUAUGUUAUGUUGCUGCUAGUACUACAUGUUCUGGUACUGCUAGUACUACAUGUUCUGUUACUGCUAGUACUAUAUGUUAUGUUGCUACUAGUACUACAUGUUCUGGUACUGCUAGUACUACAUGUUCUGUUACUGCUAGUACUAUAUGUUAUGUUGCUACUAGUACUACAUGUUCUGUUACUACUAGUACUAUAUGUUAUGUUGCUACUAGUACUGCAUGUUCUGUUACUGCUAGUACUACAUGUUCUGUUACUACUAGUACUACAUGUUCUGGUACUGCUAGUACUAUAUGUUCUCUUUCUGCUAGUACUAUAUGUUCUGUUACAUGUUAUUACUGCUAGUACUACAUGUUAUAUUACUGCUAAUACUACAUGUUCUGGUACUGCUAGUACUACAUGUUCUGGUACUGCUAGUACUACAUGUUCUGGUACUGCUAGUACUACAUGUUAUAUUACUGCUAAUACUACAUGUUCUGGUACUGCUAGUACUACAUGUUCUGGUACUGCUAGUACUAUAUGUUCUGUUACUACUAGUACUAUAUGUUCUCUUUCUGCUAGUACUAUAUGUUCUGUUACAUGUUAUUACUGCUAGUACUACAUGUUCUGUUACUGCUAGUACUACAUGUUCUGUUACUGCUAGUACUAUAUGUUCUCUUUCUGCUAGUACUAUAUGUUCUGUUACUGCUAGUACUACAUGUUAUGUUGCUACUAGUACUAUAUGUUCUCUUUCUGCUAGUACUUUAUGUUCUGUUACAUGUUAUUACUGCUAGUACUACAUGUUCUGUUACUGCUAGUACUACAUGUUCUGUUACUGCUAGUACUACAUAUUCUGGUACUGCUAGUACUACAUGUUAUAUUACUGCUAGUACUACAUGUUCUGGUACUGCUAGUACUACAUGUUCUGGUACUGCUAGUACUACAUGUUCUGUUACUGCUAGUACUACAUGUUCUGGUACUGCUAGUACUACAUGUUAUAUUACUGCUAAUACUACAUGUUCUGGUACUGCUAGUACUACAUGUUCUUGUGUACUGUGUAUAUAUUCCAUUUGCUUCUCUGGAGUGUUGCUCUCCUACAGGACUAUAUUACUUUAUUUGAAGUAAAGCCAUAGGAAAAGAUGUGUUUUCUCCAGAUUGUCUGUACUUUCAGUGAAAGGUCUAAUCUGUGACAGUGAAUGCAGCCAUUCAACUAUAGAUUUAUCACGCCAGCAUAUCAAUGGAUGUUUUUCAUGCUUUUUUUAAAAUGAAAACCCUGUCUGUAAAAAAAACACACUGAGGCCAAUGAAUGUAUUACGUCUGUAUUUAAACCUGUGUAUCAAUAAAAAGAGAAGCCUGCAACACC